AUGCCUACGGUCAACGAGUCUGCACCCAUUCCUAAGUGGAAUGCCCCCGAGCCCACCAAAGAGAACUUGGACUUUGUUGAGCUUAUCGAUCUCGACCUCAGCAAGUUCGAACAUCUAGAGACCAGGAAGGAACUAGCCAAGGACUUGCUCCAGGCCGUCACCCAGCAUGGCUUCUUCACCAUUUCAAACCAUGGCAUUUCCACUAAGCUCUGGGAUCACCAAAUGGACGUCGCGAAUGCGGUGAUGAACUUGAGCAAUGAAGAAAAGAGGCCUUACGAAGGAACGCCCGAGGAAGAUCAGAAAGGCAUCUACGUCGGUUUCAAACCCUCUGGAGAACUCGGCACCAAGGGUGGCUUCCACAAAGAAGUCGACCAUUACAAUAUGCUUCUUCACGACUUCGAAACGCGCCCACAUCCGCAAAUCAUCUCCCCGUUCAAGGAAGAGAUCCGACAUCUGAUGCAAACUCUGAAUGGUGAUAUUCAUCGCAAACUACUUAUUCUCGUGGCCAUGGUCUUGGAGGUUCCCGAGCAACUUGUGCUCGCCAUGCAUCGACCGGGUGGCUCGACGACGAAUUACUUCCGAUAUAUGAGCUACUCGCCGCGCAACGAUGCCGACCGAGAAAAGUCCCGCGACCUGUUCUUGCCAGGCCAUGCUGACUGGAGUACCUUUUCCAUCCUGUUCUCGCAGCCCAUCUCUGCUCUUCAAAUCUUGGAUAAUAAAAAUCAGUGGAAAUGGGUCCGAUACAUCCCGCACACCCUCAUCGUCAACGUCGGCGAAGCGCUUGAAUUCCUCACCGGCAGUCUCUUCAAAGCAACCAUACACCGAGUCGUGACGCCGCCUGUGGACCAGCGGCAAAAGCUGCGCAUUGGGAUUCUCUUCUUCACCCGGCCCAACGACGACAAACUCCUGGUGCCCAUCGCAGAGUCGCCGUACCUGCAGAAACUUGACUUGGACACGAGCCAGGAGACUGAGAUGUUCAAGACGAAUGAGUACCUACAGGCAAAGAAACGCGGGUACAAGAAGAAGGAGCUGGAGUACGACUUCGAUCGGCCGAAGGAUGCGAUGAAGCAUGUGGACCCUUUUAGUGAUUAUGAUCCAUUGGACUUGAAGAAGCACAGAGUAUAUGGUGUCGUCGCUCAACAGGACGUUAGUAUGUAA